AUGGAAGUGGGCUUAUCGGCCAUUACUGUUCUUGCCAGCAGCCCUGUGGCGACGACGACGAUGGACCGGGAGCCGGUGGGAAGUGUGGAAGGAGAAGCAGUCGCUGUGUCUGGAGCUGCGGCAUUCGGAGACUCGGCGCGGCAGAUGAAUAAUGAAAGAGGCUUUGAAAAUGUAGAACUGGGAGUCAUAGGAAAAAAGAAGAAAGUCCCAAGGAGGGUAAUCCACUUUGUUAGUGGUGAAACAAUGGAAGAAUAUAGUACAGAUGAAGAUGAAGUUGAUGGACUAGAGAAGAAAGAUGUUUUGCCUACUAUUGAUCCGACAAAACUUACCUGGGGCCCCUACUUAUGGUUUUACAUGCUUCGGGCUGCCACGUCAACCCUUUCAGUGUGUGACUUUCUUGGAGAGAAGAUUGCAUCUGUUUUGGGUAUCAGCACCCCAAAAUACCAAUAUGCCAUUGAUGAGUAUUACCGGAUGAAAAAGGAGGAAGAAGAAGAAGAAGAAGAAAACAGGAUGUCUGAAGAAGCAGAAAGACAAUACCAACAGAAUAAGCUUCAGGAUGAUUCCAUUGUUCAGACAGAUCAACCAGAAACAGUGGUGUCCAGUUCAUUUGUGAAUCUUAAUUUUGAAAUGGAGGAAGACUGUGAAGUAAUUAUGGAAAACAAACAAAAUUCAGGCUCUGCCCCACAAUAGAAUGAAAUGACUAUCAAACUUCAAAUCCUAAAGCUUUCUUUUUUUAAUAUCAGGAACUUUCACAUUCUCUAUUUAGUGAAACAUAAACAAUUAUUUAUAUUUUAAAUUAUUAAGUUAUCUGGAAAGGAGAAGUGUUUCUUCAUUCUUAGGCUCUAACUUGCAAAAGUCAGAUUUGAAAUUUAUAUAUUUGCACUAUGCUUUUGCUGUGUGUUGAAAUUAGUGCUUUGGUUUUUCCUUUUUGCAAUGCUGGACAUUGAGCCCCAAGGCUUUGUGCGUGCUAGGCAAGCACUCUACCACCGAACUACACCCUUAGCACAAUGCUUUGGUUUUAAAUGAUCUUUAAAAAAAAAAGGUUAACGACAUUCUAGAUUCCUAACAAGAAGAGUUAAUUUUCUGUUGUUUGUUUACUUUUUAAAAAAGGUAAGUUGUUAAGGGUAUCUGGAGCUGAUAAUCUUACAGUCUCAGAUUAAAAUGAGUAUUGAUCCUCUCCCCAGAUUUUCUCAUGUUAUGCCUUACAUUUUAUGCUUUGCAUUUAAUCUAUUUAACCAUUAAUUUCACACUAAGCAUGGUUCACUGAGUGUGUAAUAAAAGGAACAAGAUGGAAGCACCCUGAAUUUUCCUUUUAUUGAGGAUAACAUUUUUGGAAAACUGUCUGAAUUUACUACACCAAAUAUUAAAAUGGGUGCUGGGGAUUGAACUCAGGGCAUGCUAGGCAAGUACUCUACCUCUGAGCAACAUCCCCAGCCCUGAGUUUCCUUUUUUUUUUUUUUUUUUUAAAUGAAAGUCAGUAGUUAUUAAAAUUAAAUAACUAGCUUUCUUCAUAAUGUUGAUACUAAGAAUGAAUUUAUUAGUAUAUUCAUAUUCAAAUGGUAAUACUUAGUGAUUAUCCAUAUAGCAUCCUGUUUAUGUCACUCAUUCAGCCCUAAAUGCCUCCUAUAGGCAAAUGAGUUGGGUGGGAAUUGGUGUACAGAACAGGUUGAAGGCAUCAGAAGACAUUAAAUGUUGUUCAAGGUACAAUACUUAACAUAGUAACAAUGAAAUUAGUUACUUGUCUCCUUCACCAUUUCGAAGUAGCAACCUGGUUGGCUUAUUUCUCUUAUCUCCUGGUUUAUUUGCAAACUUUACAAAGUUAUUUAAUAAGCCAAUUUUGAAAAUAUUUCUAAACAUAUGUAGAACCUCAUGAGAUGUCUGUAUUACUUUGAUUUACAACUAAAUAUGGAUAAAGAUGAAUGCAUAGAGUGUUUUAGAAAUGCUGACCUUAACUUUUUCAAGCUGGCUGAGUUGGUAUACACCUGUAAUCACAGCAAUUUGGUAGACUGGAGGCAGGAGGAUUGCAUGUUUGAGGCCACCUUGAGCAACUUAAGGAGAUGCUAUCUCAAAAAAUAAAAGGACUGGUGAUGUAGCUCAGUGGUAAAGCUUCAAAGUACCACAAAAAGGGCUUCUUCACAAACUUAAAAAGGGCUUUUAGAAAUCAGUGGCUAUAUUAACAGCCUUCUAACCAGCAUUGGGCUUUCAAUCUUAAAUUUAUCUAAGAUAUAGUUUAAAAGAAAUUCAAAAUGCAGAAAUCUAUUUAAAAAAGUCAUACAAAUCUAUCUGUUGUUAGUGUGCACGGAUUGAGUUCAAUUGAAAUUUGAAAAAUUUCAACUGGAAGUUGAAAGAUCAAGUGAAAGCUGAAGUUCUUUAAGUUCUUCAACUGAAAUUAGAAGAAUUUAGGAAGAAAACUUCAUGGGAAUCUUUAGUUAUGUAGAUUCAUGGUAUGGUGGUUCAUAUUGUGUGAUGGUAAUAAUUUUAUUCAUGGUUGUAAACUACAUAACUUAGUGCUUAAAGGAUUCUCAACAGUGUCUGUAAUGUCAACAUAAAUUAUAGUUUAUUAACAGCUCUAAAAUAUGCUUGGGUGACCUCUUCCUUUAAACUGAGAUAGUACCUCUAAUUCAGAUAUUUGGUUAUUAAGUGAAGGCAGUUAUGUCUAAACAUGGUCUCCUGAAUCUUUUCCAUACAGGUACUAAUAUCUAAAAAAGUUUUCCUAGAAACUUUUCUGACUGUAGUAGAAGAAAGAUAGUGGCUUAUGAAGGGUAUAUGUUUCUUGAAUUUUACUUUCACUACAUGCCCCAAAGUGGCCAGUUUGUAAUGUUUAUAGUUAUUCACUGUGCCUUACAUUUUUAUACUUUUUUGUUUAUGCAAACUAUAAAAUUUCCCAUAAAUGCAUUAAA